AUGGUCGAAAUCAGGAAGUCGGUAUUGAUUGCGGGGAAACUUUCAGUCCGGUUGUUAUCACAGUCUUGGCCCAUUCAUCAGCUCGAUGUUACAAAUGCUUUCCUUCAUGGAAAUCUUACGGAGACUGUAUACAUGUAUCAACCGAUGGGGUUUCGCCACCGAGACUAUCCAAAUCACGUAUGUCGUCUCAAGAAGUCUCUUUACGGGCUUAAACAGGCACCAACGGCGUGGUACCAAAGAUUUACAGAUUUUGUUACUUCCAUGGGUUUCGAGCAAAGUCGAUGUGAUAACUCGCUGUUUACAUAUCAUUACGGGGGUGAUAUUGCGUAUUUAUUGAUCUAUGUUGAUGAUAUUAUUCUCACCACGUCUACCGAUUCACUACGAGUGAAACUAAUGGGCAGCCUCGCGGCUGAAUUCGCCAUGAAAGAUCUUGGACCUCUUAGCUACUUCUUGGGUAUUACGGUCUCUCGCAUUGGUCAGACUAUGUUUCUUUCACAGAAAUCUUAUGCCUUGGAUAUUGUUAACCGUGCGGGUAUGUCCUCAUGUAAUCCGGUCAGUACUCCAGUCGAUACAAAGCCCAAACUUGCCGCUUCAUCUGGUACACUGUUUGAAGAUCCCACGCUAUACCGAAGCCUUGCGGGUGCUCUCCAAUACCUCACGUUUACUCGGCCCGAUAUUAGUUACGCGGUUCAACAAAUAUGCAUUCACAUGCAUCGUCCUAGUGUUGAUCAUUGGCAGGCAUUGAAACGCAUUAUUCGGUAUAUCCAAGGCACUGCCGACUAUGGGCUCACCUUAUCAUCCUGCUCGGAUAUUUCUCUUCGUGCGUAUACCGACGCCGAUUGGGCCGGGUGUCCCGACACCCGUCGUUCUACAUCGGGAUAUUGCGUCUAUAUGGGGCCAAAUCUGUUAUCGUGGUCAUCUAAGCGGCAAUCGACCAUCUCGCGCUCCAGUGCUGAAGCUGAAUACCGUGCAGUUGCAAAUGUUGUUGCUGAAAUUUGCUGGCUUCGCAAUCUUCUUCUUGAAUUGCGUCGACCUCUUUCCAAGGCCACCUUGGUCUAUUGUGACAAUAUCAGUGCAAUCUAUCUAUCGAGUAAUCCCGUACAGCAUCAACGCACGAAACAUAUCGAGCUUGACAUACAUUUUGUGCGGGAGCAAGUUCAACGCGGCACGAUACGGGUACUUCACACCCCAACUCGACUUCAGAUUGCAGACAUCUUCACCAAAGGAUUACCUCGGGUUCUAUUUGACGACUUCCGCUCCAGUCUCAACAUUCGUCCACCUCUUGCUUCGACUGCGGGGGUGUAA